UUCAGAGGGGCUCCCUCUGCUUGGAAGCUGACGCAUUCCAUCGCCAGAGUCCAUCCAUUCCCACAUCAUUUGAUGGAGGUGUGUGCUCAGCGCCGAUCACAGGUAUGGCUGGCGCCACAGCUCAUCAGGGAUGAAUCCCAGCCUCACCUGGUCCUGUGUGAACUCUGUUGUUUGAGACCCGAGACACGUACAACUCCCACGGCACCUCACGAUCUGAGUUACCCUGAUGAUAAAGCGAGCCAUGGGUAGCGUCCGAGUUAACAGGUACAGCAUUGUCUCAACUGAAGAGGAUGGGCACAAGGUUUCUGCCCUAGGCAACAUGAAUGGGCACAGCUGGAAUGGGAAAGGACAUGUCCCCAGGCGGAAACGCCGUAACCGUUUUGUGAAGAAGAAUGGCCAGUGCAACGUGUACUUUGCCAACCUGAGCAACAAGUCUCAACGCUACAUGGCCGACAUCUUUACCACAUGUGUGGACACUCGCUGGCGCUACAUGUUUAUGAUCUUCUCAGCAGCCUUCCUGGUCUCCUGGCUCUUCUUUGGGUUCCUCUUCUGGUGCAUCGCUUUCUUCCAUGGUGACCUGGGUGCCACUGGGGUGGGCGGUGUCCCCACCACUGCAAAGCCCUGCAUCAUGCACGUCAAUGGCUUCCUAGGAGCCUUUCUCUUCUCGGUGGAGACACAGACCACCAUUGGAUAUGGGUUCCGUUGUGUGACUGAGGAGUGCCCGUUGGCCAUCAUGGCAGUAGUGGUCCAGUCCAUCGUGGGCUGUGUCAUUGACUCCUUCAUGAUCGGCACCAUCAUGGCCAAGAUGGCGCGGCCCAAGAAACGGGCCCAGACCCUCCUUUUCAGCCAUCAUGCUGUCAUCUCUGUGCGCGAUGGCAAACUGUGCCUCAUGUGGCGAGUGGGAAACUUGCGGAGGAGUCACAUUGUGGAGGCUCAUGUCCGGGCUCAGCUCAUCAAGCCCUACAUGACACAGGAAGGUGAGUACCUCCCGCUGGACCAGCGGGACCUCAACGUGGGCUACGACAUAGGCCUUGACCGCAUAUUCCUGGUAUCCCCCAUUAUCAUUGUCCAUGAGAUUGAUGAGGAGAGCCCACUCUAUGGAAUGGGCAAGGAGGAGCUAGAGAUGGAGGACUUUGAGAUUGUCGUCAUCCUGGAGGGGAUGGUGGAGGCCACAGCUAUGACCACCCAGGCUCGCAGCUCCUACCUGGCCAGUGAGAUCCUCUGGGGUCACCGUUUUGAACCUGUGGUCUUUGAGGAGAAGAACCGCUACAAAGUGGACUACUCACACUUCCACAAGACCUACGAGGUGGCCGGCACCCCUUGCUGCUCAGCCCGGGAGCUGCAAGAGAGCAAGAUCACCAUCCUGUCUUCUCCGCCACCUCCUAGUGCCUUCUGCUAUGAGAACGAGUUGGCCUUAGUCAGCCAAGACGAAGAUGAGGAGGAGGAGGAGGUGGAAGUGGGGCCUGGGUUAGGAGGAAGCACCAAGAAGGAUGGAGGAGUCAUCCAGAUGACGGAAUUUGGGAGUCACUUGGAUCUGGAACGGCUACAGGCUGCCAUCCCCCUGGACACCAUCUCCUACCGCAGAGAGUCGGCCAUCUGACUCCUCCUGCCUUUCCAUUCCGCAUCUAUUGCCCACCAUCUCCUCCCUUUCACUCCAGUGCUUAAUUGAAACACUCCCCAAAGAACCUCCUUUGCCCACCUCUCAGCCCCUGAGCAUGUACUGUGUGAGACAUGCUUAUGUUUCCAGUGGGCACAACCCACACUGGAACAGACUUCUUGCAACCAGAUGGGAGAGCAAUAUGUGUAUUUUGAACUCCUACAUUGACAGCUGAUGUGAGGGAAUGUCCCCCACAAGCCCCACCACUGUUUGGGGCUGGAACCAUGGGAAGACAAGCUUGGACCCAAAGUAAUCGCCUCAGUACAACUGAUGGCCGCUAAAUGGGUCCAGACUGUUGCCAGAGAAGAAGUAGGCUAUAAAUGCCAACCAAACUGGGAGGACAGGAGAAUCUGGGGGUCAUGGGGAAAGAGUGAAAAGG